GCUGCUGCGCUCCGUGAGGGGGGAACCGCGGCCGCCGCCGGCACCAGCAUGUGGACCCCGACCGAGGAGGAGAAAUACGGCGUGGUGAUAUGCAGCUUCCGAGGAUCUAUACCACAAGGCUUAGUCUUGGAACUAGGAGAAACUGUCCAGAUCUUGGAAAAAUGUGAAGGCUGGUACAGAGGAGUUUCCAUUAAGAAGCCCAAUGUAAAGGGGAUCUUUCCUGCUAACUAUAUUCACUUGAAAAAGGCAAUCGUCAGUAACAGAGGACAGUAUGAAACAGUAGUUCCACUUGAAGAUUCUGUUGUGACUGAAGUCACAGCAACGCUCCAGGAAUGGGCUAUCCUGUGGAAACAGCUGUAUGUGAAGCAUAAGAUAGAUCUUUUCUACAAACUGCGCCAUGUGAUGAAUGAGCUCAUUGACCUGCGUAGACAGCUACUGUCAGGUCACUUGACACAGGAUCAGGUGCGAGAAGUCAAGAGACACCUUACAGUGCGACUGGACUGGGGUAAUGAACAUUUGGGCCUGGAUCUAGUUCCUCGGAAGGACUUUGAGGUGGUGGAUUCAGAUCAGAUCAGCAUCUCAGAUCUUUAUAAAAUGCAUUUAUCAAGUAGGCACAGUGUCCAGCAAAGCACAACACAGGUGGAUACGAUUCGUCAGCGUCAUGGGGAAGCUUGCCGUAUGCCAGUGCCCCACCACUUCUUCGUCAGUCUAAAGAGCUUCACCUAUAAUACUAUUGGGGAGGACACAGAUGUCUUCUUUUCUUUGUAUGAUGUUCGAGAGGGCAAGCAGAUCAGUGAGCGGUUUCUGGUGAGGUUAAACAAGAAUGGAGGACCGAGGAAUCCAGAAAAGAUAGAACGGAUGUGUGGCCUUUUCACAGAUCUCAGCAGCAAGGAUAUGAAGAGAGACUUGUACAUAGUUGCACAUGUAAUUCGAAUAGGUCGCAUGCUGCUAAAUGAUUCCAAAAAGGGCCCUUCCCAUCUACAUUAUCGUCGUCCCUAUGGCUGUGCAGUAUUGAGCAUCAUGGAUGUACUUCAAUCAAUCUCUGAACUAAAGGAAGAAAAAGAUUUUGUUCUAAAAGUUUACACGUGCAACAAUGAAAAUGAAUGGUAUCAGAUCCAUGAAAACAUUAUCCGCAAGUCCAGUACCAAGUACACAGCACCCAGCUCAAAUUAUGGACUUAUAAUUUCUCUACAGCUUCUUCGUGGGGACAUGGAGCAGAUUCGACGGGAGAACCCCAUGAUCUUUAACAGGGGGGUGUCUGUUACCAGAAAACUCGGUUUCCCCGAUGUCAUAAUGCCAGGUGAUAUACGUAAUGACUUGUACCUGACACUAGAGAAGGGGGAUUUUGAGAGAGGCGGGAAGAGUGUUCAGAAGAACAUUGAAGUGACCAUGUAUGUUCUUUAUGCAGAUGGAGAGAUCCUGAAGGACUGUAUCAGUUUGGGCUCAGGAGAGCCAAACAGAAGUGCAUACCACUCUUUUGUCCUCUACCACAGUAACAGCCCUCGUUGGGGGGAAAUUAUCAAACUACCCAUCCCCAUUGACAGGUUUCGUGGGUCUCACCUUCGCUUUGAGUUCAGGCAUUGCUCCACUAAAGACAAAGGAGAAAAAAAGCUUUUUGGCUUUGCAUUCACUCCUCUGAUGAGGGAUGAUGGCACCACCUUAUCGGAUGAUAUCCAUGAGCUUUAUGUUUAUAAGUGUGAUGAGAACAGCACAUUUAAUAAUCAUGCUCUGUACCUGGGGCUGCCCUGCUGCAAAGAGGACUACAACGGCUGCCCUAACAUCCCUUCUAGCCUCAUUUUCCAGCGUAGUGCCAAAGAGACCUUCUCGAUCUCCACCCAGCUCUCCUCCACCAAACUCACCCAGAACGUGGACUUGCUUGCCCUCUUAAAAUGGAAGGCUUACCCAGACCGUGUAAUGGAUAUCCUAGGAAGACUGAGACAUGUCAAUGGCGAGGAAAUUGUUAAGUUCCUGCAAGAUAUUCUAGACACAUUGUUUGUGAUUUUGGAUGACAAUACAGAAAAGUAUGGCCUGUUGGUCUUCCAGUCAUUGGUGUUCAUCAUAAAUCUGCUUCGUGACAGCAAAUAUUUCCAUUUCCGACCGGUUAUGGAUAUGUACAUUCAGAAACACUUUGCAGGAGCACUGGCUUACAAAGAACUGAUCCGAUGUUUGAAGUGGUACAUGGACCGAUCAGCUGAGCUUGUUCGACAAGAUCAUAUCCAGGAAGCAAUGAGGGCCUUGGAAUAUCUUUUCAAGUUCAUUGUCCAAUCUCGGAUCCUUUACUCAAGAGCUACUUGUGGAAUGGAGGAAGAACAAUUUCGCUCCAGUAUCCAAGAGCUUUUCCAGUCCAUCAGAUUCGUGCUCAGCUUGGACAGCAGGAGCUCAGAGACUCUCAUCUUCACACAGGCUGCUUUACUGAAUUCCUUCCCUGCAAUCUUUGAUGAGCUAUUGCAGAUGUUCACCGUGCAGGAAGUAGCAGAGUUUGUGAGAGGAACUCUAGGAAGCAUGCCCAGUACAGUGCAUAUCGGACAGUCGAUGGAUGUAGUUAAGCUGCAAUCUAUAGCACGCACUGUGGACAGCCGCCUGUUUUCUUUCUCGGAAUCUCGGCGAAUCUUGCUCCCUGUGGUUCUUCAUCACAUUCACCUUCAUCUGAGACAGCAGAAGGAGUUACUCAUCUGCUCUGGGAUCCUCAGUAGUAUCUUCUCCAUUAUCAAGGCCAGCUCCUUGGAGGCAGAUGUAGUGGAGGAGGUUGAGAUGAUGGUGGAGAGCCUCCUGGAUGUACUUUUACAGACUCUGCUUACUAUCAUGAGUAAAUCGCAGUCUCAGGAGGCGGUAAGAGGGCAGCGUUGCCCGCAGUGCACAGCCGAAAUCACUGGAGAGUAUGUGUCCUGUCUCUUGUCUCUGCUUCGUCAGAUGUCAGACACUCAUUUUCAACAUUUAUUGGACAACUUCCAGAGCAAGGAUGAGCUAAAGGAGUUCCUGCUGAAGAUUUUCUGUGUGUUUCGAAACCUGAUGAAGAUGAGUGUCUUUCCUCGGGACUGGAUGGUGAUGAGGUUGCUCACCAGCAAUAUCAUAGUUACGACAGUCCAGUACCUGUCCUCUGCCCUGCACAAGAACUUCACAGAAACAGACUUUGAUUUUAAGGUGUGGAACUCCUAUUUCAGCUUGGCAGUUCUGUUUAUAAACCAGCCAAGCCUGCAGCUAGAAACUGUCACUCCAGCUAAGAGAAAGAAGAUUCUGGACAAAUAUGGUGACAUGCGAGUGAUGAUGGCAUAUGAGUUAUUCAGCAUGUGGCAGAACCUGGGUGAACAUAAAAUUCACUUUAUUCCGGGAAUGAUUGGCCCCUUUCUUGGUGUCACGCUGGUCCCACAGACAGAGGUCCGCAACAUCAUGAUCCCCAUCUUUCAUGACAUGAUGGACUGGGAGCAGAGGAAAAAUGGCAACUUCAAACAGGUGGAAGCUGAAUUGAUUGAUAAGCUGGACAGCUUGGUAUCAGAAGGAAAAGGAGAUGAGAACUACAGGGAGCUCUUCAGUCUACUAACCCAGCUCUUUGGGCCCUACCCCAGCCUGCUGGAGAAGAUUGAACAAGAGACAUGGCGGGAGACUGGCAUCUCUUUUGUUACAUCAGUUACUCGCCUCAUGGAGCGUCUCCUUGACUACAGGGACUGCAUGAAAGGAGAUGAAACAGAAAACAAGAAGAUUGGCUGCACUGUUAACCUGAUGAACUUUUAUAAAUCUGAAAUUAACAAGGAAGAGAUGUAUAUCCGCUACAUCCAUAAGCUGUGUGACAUGCACUUACAGGCUGAGAACUACACUGAGGCUGCAUUUACAUUGCUUCUGUACUGUGAGCUACUUCAGUGGGAGGACAGACCUCUGCGAGAGUUCCUGCACUACCCAUCACAGACAGAGUGGCAACGUAAGGAGGGGCUAUGCCGGAAGAUUAUCCACUACUUCAACAAAGGGAAGAGCUGGGAGUUUGGAAUCCCACUGUGCAGAGAGCUGGCCAUUCAGUAUGAAAGUCUGUAUGAUUAUCAAAGCCUCAGCUGGAUUCGGAAAAUGGAAGCUACCUAUUAUGAUAACAUCAUGGAACAGCAGCGCUUGGAACCUGAGUUUUUCAGAGUUGGUUUUUAUGGCCGGAAAUUCCCCUUCUUCCUUCGGAACAAGGAGUAUGUAUGUCGAGGCCAUGACUACGAAAGGCUGGAGACCUUCCAACAAAGAAUGCUGAGUGAGUUCCCACAAGCCAUUGCAAUGCAGCACCCAAACCAUCCAGAUGACACCAUUUUGCAAUGUGAUGCUCAGUAUUUACAGAUAUAUGCAGUGACUCCCAUCCCAGACAAUAUUGAUGUGCUACAAAUGGAACGUGUGCCUGAUCGUAUAAAGAGCUUUUAUCGCGUCAACAAUAUCAGAAAAUUCCGCUAUGAUAGGCCUUUCCACAAAGGUCCAAAGGACAAAGAGAAUGAAUUUAAGAGCUUGUGGAUUGAACGUACCACUCUGACACUGACUCACAGUUUACCUGGGAUCUCCCGGUGGUUUGAAGUGGAGAGAAGAGAGCUGGUCGAGGUGAGCCCUUUGGAAAAUGCCAUUCAAGUUGUUGAGAACAAAAACCAGGAGCUGAGGACAUUGAUAAGCCAGUAUCAGCACAAGCAAAUGCAUGGCAACAUUAACCUGCUCAGUAUGUGUCUGAAUGGAGUGAUUGAUGCAGCUGUGAAUGGUGGCAUAGCACGGUACCAGGAGGCCUUUUUUGAUAAAGAUUAUAUCACCAAGCACCCUGGAGAUGCAGAAAAAAUCACACAGCUCAAAGAGCUCAUGCAGGAACAGGUGCAUGUUCUUGGAGUGGGUCUGGCAGUACAUGAGAAAUUUGUACAUCCAGAGAUGCGUCCUCUACAUAAGAAACUGAUUGAUCAGUUCCAAAUGAUGCGAUCUAGUCUGUACCAUGAGUUGCCUGGUUUGGAUAAAUUGAGUCCAGCCUGUUCUGGUACCAGCACCCCUCGCAGCAGUGUUCUUGUGUCACACGGCCCGAUGAGUCCAGAGAGCAUCAAGCUGGUGCAUCGACACAGCCCAUUGAACUUGCUGGGUUCAGUCAGACACUCGUCAUCGUCUCUUUCCUCCCAUACUUCCAGUGAAACAGGAAACCUGGUUAUCCUAACAGACAGUUCUGUAGGGGAGACCGCUGAGGACAUGUACCACAUGCAGGCCAGUCCUUCCACUUCAAGCCUGAGCUCUACCCACUCUGCACCAUCCCAGAUGAUUAACUCUGCCCCUCCCAGUGCACGAGUGCUGGUGAAAGGUGCUGGAUUGACAACACUGGAGGCUGAAGCCCUCUAUUUAUCCACAGAACAGAUACAGCACGGGCGGCAGCAGUGCAAGCUUCCCCACACUGCCCCCACCAAUGUGCCUCAUCUCUGUCCUGGAGGGACCACCUCUAGAGGCUCUCCCUCUCUACCAGAUAAGUACCGCCACACUCGGGAGCUGAUGAUGCUGCUGCCAACCCACCGGGACCGACCAAGCAGUGCCAUGUAUCCUGCAGCUAUCAUGGAAAAUGGACAGCCUCCAAAUUUUCAGCGCGCCUUGAUCCAACAAGUGAUCGGACCAUGCAAACCUUGCAGUGAUCCCAAUCUAUCUGUUGCUGAGAAAGCUGUGCCAGCAGCGCCCAGCAGCUGGAGCCUAGACAGCGGAACCAGAGAGGCCCUGCCAUUCCUGUCUGCCCACGUUGGGAGCAUCUUGGCCCCACCAGUACCUCCCCGAAGCCUACCCCAUGGUCACUACUCACUGCACUUUGAUGCCUUCCACCACCAGCUCAGUGAUGCUCCUCCAGCACUGCCUGCACGGACAUUGCGCAAGUCUCCUCUUCAUCCAAUUCCUGCAUCACCCACAAGUCCCCAGUCUGGCCUGGAUGGAAGUAACUCCACUCUGUCAGGCAGUGCCAGCAGUGGUGUGUCCUCCUUAAGUGAGAGUAACUUUGGACACUCGUCUGAGCCCCCUCCUCGCACAGACACCAUGGAUUCUGUCCCUAGCCAGGCCUGGAAUACUGAUGAAGACUUAGAGACACCCUACCUCCCUGUCAGGUACAGUCUCUCUGAACCUGAUGUUCUGGAGUCACUCAAAUCCCAGCCAUGUCGAAGCCACUCUGCUCCAUCUGGUGUCAUUCCUCAGGACACUAUGGACCCUCCAGCUCUCCCCCCAAAACCAUAUCAUGCUCGGCUCCCGAACAUGGAGAAUGAAGAGGAAAUGAUGCUGAUGAUGGAAGAGGAAGACAAACACCGGCCACUGCAUCGCAAAGUCUCCCAACCAGCUAGUGGUGGAAAGGAGGAGCAGGCCAGGGUAGCAUGGGAGCAUGGCAUCAGUGAGCAGUAAGCAGGACUACCUGGAAAGAAGCUUGUGUAGUAAUUCCAGGUCUGAUCAGAAGAAAGACGUAAAAGUUCAGGACUCAGAGGAGAGAACAGAGAUCCAAUUCUUUACUUUCUACUGCCAUGAGUUAAUGUCCGGAGCCCAUACAAAGCUUGGGCUGGCAUGUGAGGUUGCUGCUUUCCUUUUUAUUGCAUUUUAUACUUUUUGGUUUUGUUAUUUUUAAUUAUUAUUUUUUGUGUGCAGUGGGUGCUUUAUUCCUUCUGCAGUUUAUCAGACCACACAAAGUGGCAUGUAAGCUGUUAGCCAUAGAGACUUGCAGAAACUGAAAAGAAUUGGAAUAUUGAAGGGGGGAUGUGGCAAGUUGUUUUAAAAAGCUUUCCUCCUGGUUUUGAGACGCACACAAGUAGAAGCAGUUGCACUAGGGACAUGUUUCUUUGCUGCAUAGAAGUGAAAGCUCAUUGCUGAAUUCAGGGAUUCCAUGAACUGUCAGGCUGGAAGGUGCAUUCUCUGCAGGCAAUGGAAACUUGGCUGUUCUAUGAAGAAACUGUCUUUUCCAGGUGUGUGACCAUAAACAGCAUUAUAGUAGUCUCCUGCAUUGACUCAAUUGUGAUGAAAUGAUCUAACCAGUGCUGACAGGCUUCCAUAUUGAUUUCUGAGGUAUCAUUUCAAAUAAACUCUGCCUCCUUUGGUUUUUCA